UUUACAGACUGUGGUAGAGGAAGUGGAGUAAGCGAAGUCAAGAUUGCGAAGAGACCGUGGAAUGUAAAUAUCAUGCCCGUUGUCAGCCAGCGAAGCUCGUUAAUGUGGACAAGUCGGUCAGUAUCUUUUCGUAAAAAUCUCGAUUUGCUCUUGAUUGGACCAACACCUGUCUAAAUUUCACGACGUUUUUGCCAAUUUACGCUGUCAACUGGCUUUGAUGGUCUGGUACAAUUUAAGAGUAUGGUUACUCGCAUUCUGGGACAACGUUAAGAUGACAACCAUGCCGCGUUAAUAUCCUAAAAACCUACGAGUCAUUCAUGUCACAAGACAAGGGGCAAGCUUGACUAGCGCCAUCCCGCUCUUCACUUGUUUUCGCUGUAGCUUUUCUGUCAGUCUUCAAUUGGUAUAUUCCCUUGUAUCGUCAGGAAGAGCACAACUUUUAUAACUAGUUAGAUAAGUUUUGCAUCCCCCCAAAGAUAACUUUGCUCUAGUUUGCAGCUGUAGCUUGCCAGAAGCUAUCAAACCAAACCUAUUUGACAGGGAGCUGCAGGUAUCUUACUCUAUAACGUUAAUGGACAGCGGCAGUGCUGAAAAUGAUCUAUAAGAUAUUUGUUGUUAAAGUUUAAAUGUGUGUAUAUAUAUUUUGUGUAAAGAUCAUUAUUUAUUUUUUGUUGGAGGAAAGCUUGUAGUUUUACACUUGCACUAAAUUUACCAGAAGCCCAUGUGCAAUGUCGAAAAGAUAGCCUAUUUGUUAUGACAUCCACACUUGAACUGAAAGAAAAUGUGCAAGUAGAUAUUUAAGGCCGUAUGAAAUCGACUCUCUCUUAGUCUGUAUGACAUAAAACAGACAGAGUGACUGUGGAUUCUGCUGUAGCCAUCCAUCAACCCCGUCUUGCAAACUAAGGACACUGUUACUCAGGAAUGCCAGGGAACUGAUCAUCAAGAUUUCCUUCAAGGUUCACCUAUAAGGUCACUGCCAACUUUUAAAUCUGUGAAUAUACUUAAUGUAAAGGGCUGAGUUUGUUUUUCUAUUCGUAUAUAACCUAAGCCUGAAGUAGUCUUUACCGACGACUUGGCCUUAUUUUCAGUUGAUUAAGUGCUACAUUGAACAUUGCCCAGUUAUGGCGGAUUCUGGCACAGAGAUAGUUGGAGGAGAUCUCCUGAGCGUUGUCAAAGAUGACUGCUCUCUGACAGAGGCCAUUUCUAAAGAGGGCGGCCUUACAGCAGGAUCGUCUGCGGCUAAAGAAAUCCACGAAGCAGAGCCCUUGGACCAUGAAGACUCCACCAAAGACCCAUCAGUUAAGACUCCAAUUAUGGAAGCAGAAGGUUUUGACGGAUACAGGGAAACCUCACUCACACCAACCACCACGUGUGCGGCCAUGUCUGAAAACGGCACGACAGAAGACGCUCGAUCCACCCUGCAGAGCCAAACUCUGACAGAAGGGAACGGGGAGAGCUCAGAGGCCACAUUUGGAAGGUCGGACGAGUAUAGCCAGUCAGCAACCACCGACUCUGCCUCCUUCUCCAUCCCCAGCCUAGAGUUCUUCGAGGGCAACAACGGGAACGACGAGCCAUUGUCCUCCUACUCUGCCCUGGGCGUCGAGGGCAGCUCCCUGUCUGCCGACGUCCCCUGCCUGGCCGACGAUGUCCUGGCUGGCGUCGCUGCUGCCGCAGCCACAGGAGGGGCCACCGCCGCGGACCUAGAGCCCAUGAUGCCGGCCUACUACUUUGUGAAGUGGAUCACCUGGAAAGAGAAGAAGACCCCCAUCAUCACACAGAGUGAGAACGGGCCCUGUCCCCUGCUCGCCAUCAUGAACACCCUGUUUCUGCGCUGGAAGGCCAAGCUACCUGCCCAGACAGAAGUUAUCACCACAGAGGACCUGAUGGCUCACCUUGGAGAGUGUGUAUUGUCCAUCAAACCCAGGGAGAAGGCUGAGGGAAUGGAGCUCAACUUUCAGCAGAACAUGAGCGAUGCCAUGGCAGUCCUGCCAAAGCUGUCCACGGGCCUUGAUGUCAACGUGCGCUUCACGGGCGUGUCAGACUUUGAGUACACUCCAGAGUGUAUCGCCUUUGACCUGCUGGACAUCCCACUCUACCAUGGCUGGCUGGUGGACCCUCAGAGCCCUGAGAUGGUGGCAGCGGUGGGAAAGCUAAGUUACAACCAGCUGGUAGAGAAGAUUAUUGACUACAAGCAUUCGGCCAACAGCAGCCGUGUCAGUGAAGGUUUGGUGGCAGAGCAGUUUCUGGAGUCCACAGCGACCCAGCUGUCGUAUCAUGGACUUUGUGAACUCAACACUACAGUCAAGGAGGGCGAGCUGUCUGUGUUUUUCAGAAACAACCACUUUAGCACUAUGAUAAAGCACAAGGGCCACCUGUACCUGCUGGUGACAGACCAGGGCUUCCUGCAGGAGGGGGGGCUGGUGUGGGAGAGCCUGCACAAUGUGGAGGGUGACGGCAACUUCUGCGACUCAGACUUCCGCCUGUGCCACCCGCCCCAGAGGAGCGUCCCCGUGACACAGCCCGAAGACCUCACGCCCCAGCAGCAGCAGAGACAGAUCGACCAGGACUACCUGGUGGCCAUGUCUCUGCAGCAGCAGCAGGGGGUGGCCCCGGGGCCCCUCAGUGACCUGGACCUGGCCAGACAGCUGCAGGAGGAGGAGUACCAGCAGCAGCAGCAACAACAACAAGAAGGAGGUCCCUCCCAGGCCCCAGCACAGCAGGUGAGAGGUCAAGCGGCGGCCCAGCCGGGAGGUUCGAGGAGACGGGAGAAAAAGGAUGAUUCGGACUGUGCCAUAUUAUAGCGGCAUCUAACCUUACCCUAGUCUCCAUGAUCUCCCUAUGAUUUUAGCCUGCCCUUCUUUGCAUUAAGCCAACCCCUAACACACACACACACACACAUACAUAUAUAUAUAUAACACACACACACACAGAGAGUUAGGGGAUUGUGCCCCUGCCACCUCAAUGCCAAACCCACCCCUCACACGGUUUCCUUUGAACAUCCAGGCCAGAAGGUGGCAGUACUAGUCACGCUUCGCAAAACCAUAGAAUAGAAUAGAAAUGUCAAUUGAGGCACCAGACAGGAAAUCCUUUGCAGUUGGUGGGUUGCAGCAGCUGAGUUGUCCAAGACCCAUUACAACCCAGGUAGAGUCAUGAAACACAUCUGUAACAAAUGUGUAAAGAAAGCUAAGAUCUAAAUUAAAGGACAGUCACUACAGCUCAGACCAGAUGAUGUAUCUUAAAAUGGAUAAUGCAGCUUUUUAAAUUGUGUAUCGGAGAUGCAAAAAUGCACAAAGACGACCCCCCCCCCCUCCCCUUCUCUGCUACACUCUUUUGCCAUCCUCACAGCCUUAGAAAGCCCGGUUUUUAAGUGAACUCUGGGGAAGUCGCCAUCUGCAUUUACGCCAUGAUGGAAACUCGAGUACAUUCCUGUCCUAUACAGAACGGUGCACAGUUAUGCCUGGCUCGAGGGCCCGAGACGAGGAUUCUGCGAGCCCAAACAAAGAUAUGGCUUUGAGGGCUGAGUUCCCAAAGGUCCUAUCUGCUAGACUAAGCAUUGGCCUUACUUUCCCUGUCCGAUAGUGUACUGUGCUGUAGUUAGUAGCAGGGAGGAAUUAUGCAAAAGGUGAAUGGAUAAGGACAGUGAAGGUGUUCUUCUGGAGCAUCUGUUAUGGACGACUUAAGACCAGUAGGGGGCGGUGUUAAAGAUAAUUAUAUGGGAGUAAGAGAAGUCCCAUUAAAGGUCCAAUGCAGCUGUUUUUUUAAUCUCCAUUUAAAAUAGUUUCUGGGUAACAAUUGAAGUACCUUACUGUGAUUUGUUUUCAAUUCAAAUGGUCAAAAAGAAACAAAUAGCUUCUUAGCAAAGAGCCAUUUCUCAAGCAAGAAUUUUGUUAGGACUGUCUUGAGUGGGGAGGGGAAAACUAGCUGUUAUUGACAGAGCGGUUUGGAGGUUUGAUGUCACCAGGCAAGCCAAAACUUUCUCAUCACAGAAUGACAUUUCAGGCGGUCUUUUCAAAUACCCCUUAUUACUAAAACGGCGUUAUAAUCUUUCAGAAUUUCACAAUAUUAUUCCAACCUCAGUGUGGAAAUAUAACACAGGAAAAGCACGUUGACUGCACUAGAUUAAGCAAACCUGGCACUUGAACCAACUAUAAGAAGUCUACAUUUGAUUUACAGUACUUAGGAACAAAGGCCAGUUCAGGCGGUUGCUGCAGUUUUGCAAAGGUCAGAUAUACAAGCCCUUUUGAAGUAGCUUCAGGGUGGAGGGGCUUUUAGCAACGCUACAGUACUAGACCACACCUUGACGCCAAGUCUUAAUCUUUGCCACUUCUUCAUUUGUAUUUAAUUUUUCAUGUCAGUAAAGGAAAAUCUAAACAAACUGU